UAAAAAGGGGUGUGGGGAGGAAAAUCUACAACUCUUAUCCUUGCAGGAGGGAGGAUUCAUCUCUGAGAGGAAACCCAGGAGCAGGACUUGGUUUUAUCUUUCAGUGCCAUUCACCAUGCCUGGAAUACUUCCGAAGAGUAAAGCUCCCGGAGUUGAUUUCUGUGGUGUAGAUAAAUAUUAUUACAUCAUCCGCUCUGACCUGGGCUGCUACAUGAGGUCGACCAAUUUCAAUGAAGGAAAAGAACUGAAUGUGUAUAGCCUGCACCCCUCCUGCCAGGGUGGGGAGCACUAUCUUGCCCACCAGGAUGACCUUUUCUACAUCAUCAAAGGAGGAGCUUAUCGGCGUGUCAGCAACAUGAACACCGAUGCAGAUGCUGUUGUGUACAAUCUCCAUCCCAAAUGUCGUGGAGGAGACCAUUACCUCUCAGCCUUUGCACACUUCUAUAUCAUCUACAACAACAAGGGUGUCUACCGCAAGGUCACCAAUAUGAACACUGAUGGUGAUGCUGUUGAAUAUACUUUGCACCCUAUGUGUAGGAAUGGUCUCUAUUAUUGGGGUGUCAAGGACUACUACUACUUUGUAAAGCCCCAUGAUGAAUGGGGGGUCCAGUAUUACCGAACCACGAACUUCCAUGAGAACACAGAUUCUGUGACUUACUCUUUCCACCCCGAUGUUGUCAAUUUUCUCCCAGGGGGACUAGCCAUUACACAUGGUUCUUGUUUUGGCACUUGGCAAGCCAUCAAGACCAUCUCCAAUGAUUCCAACAUACCCAUCACCUGGAACAAGAAGAUCACCAGGAAGGUGGGCUACACCAAGGAGAAGAUGAGCAGUGUGGAGCACAACUGGAAAAUAAGCAUCUCUGCUUCAUACCAGUCAGGAGCCCUCACUGAAGCAAUUUCCAAGUAUCAAUUCUCCUUCUCUACUGAAUAUGGUGGGUGCAGCGUCAACACAGAGCAGGAGACCUGGAGUGAAGCCACUGAAGAGGAAGAGUCUGUCAACCUGACCGUGAAGCCCAAUGAGAAGAUCUACAUAUGGCAGUAUCAACUUGGCCUGGGAAAGGAAAACAUCUUGUUCUGCCGUGACAUGACAUUUGAUGAUGACCCCACACCACCUACCAAAGUUCCUCUGCCUCCUUCCAAUCAGUGAUCUGAAAUGAGGAGUCCUCCAGAAUUCCUCCUCCAUCAUGCUAUUGCUAACAAUGUAAGCUAUUAAGGUAGAGCACCAUAGAGGUCUAUUUAAAGUGAAUGCUUUAUAGCAAUCAUACAAGUUUUGGGGUACAGUGAGGUGUAGUGAAGCUCUCAGGAUUAGAAGCUAUGAUUAUUGAACAUAAAGACUAGUCACAGGAUCUACUAUCAUGAUCAGAAAAAGGCCUGUCUGUCAACCAGUUUCCAACAGGUGCGCAUGUAGCAUGGGUGGUUAAUCAUAUCCCAGUCCAGAACAGAAGUUUUUAGUUGCCAUCAACCAGCACAGCAGUUAGUGGGAAGUGAAAGACAUACUAAUGCUUCUUUUCCCACUGAAUGGUGUAAAGCUCAGAAGGAAAAAGGAAAGGGCCCUAACCCACCAAAAAUAACAGCACCGUUGGGCUUUUUUUUACUUGCAACAACAUUCCAGCUUCCUUUGCAGCAUCGGCGAUAGUUUCAGCCCCUUAUUGUGGAUUAGGGCUUCUGGGGAUUGCAUUAGUCAUGUAGGGUUGAAUGUAGAGUUAGAUCAUGCUUAUAACCAAAGUAUGACUUUCACCUGCAAAGCAGCUCAGGUAGGUUUCAAAGGGUACAUUCCUCUUACACAGGUUAUCUGUUCUGGGGCUGCUACAUAAAUAAAGGAACUCAAAACUUUAAAAAAAAA